UUUCUCAGCUUUAUAUGUUAUUAUUAUGUACCCUAAUGAAAUGAGACUGAAAAAAAUGGCAAUUUAACUGUUUCAUUUUUGUUGUGAAACUCAAAACUUCAAAACCCAGUUGUAUUUUUGUGUUUCUGGCAAUGGGUAGGACUUAAUUUUUCAGAAUGUGUUGUGAAUAUGGUGGAAGUUUGGUUUAUGUUGGUGUGCUUUGAUCGUAGUUAUAUGAUUUGGUAGAGAGAACUUGUUUGCAAAGUUUCAAUUUUUUAUGGAUGGCUUUGAGAAAAAUGGGUAUUUAUGAAAUGGCAUUGUGAUAGUUUGAGAGUUUAGUUGUGUUUUUGUAGAUGGCUGAUAGGUACCACAAUUUUGGAGUUUGAUCCCUUAGGACCACCUACAUGGUGAAAAAUAAAUACUUUUUUGGUUUUCUGUUUCCUAAAGAUUAUGAAAUUUGGUGGGGCCAGUUUUUGUAUUGAGUUUAACUAAAUGGGAUUUAGGAUUUUGUGGAUUGGAAGAAGGAAAGAAGGGUUUAGGUGAAUGUAGGCAUUUUUUUGAAACAUGUGUGCUUCUUUUAUCGCAGUGCAUUUAUCGUUGAGAUAGUGUGAGAUGGUGGGUGCGAUGAUUUCGAUGGUGUUUUGGGAGAGAGUGGAAAAUGUAUUGGAAUUUGAGAUUGAAUAGAAGAGGAUAUAAAGGAGUUGUGAAAGAAGAUGUUCACCAAUUAUUGGUUGAUUAUCUUAAAAUUAGAAUUAUAGAUAGAAAAACUUGUAAGUAAAUGAAACAUGCAUAAAAUGAAUGGUUAAAGGGGGCAUGAUCCACUAACAUGGUUGUAUGCAGGAGAGCUCUUUCCAAAUUUCCUUAUAUUGGGUUAUCGUUUAUAAAUAUGUUGAAAUUUGAUCAAGUGAUCAACCUAAAUUCCUUUUAGGAUUAAUUAUUAGAGUUCAUUUCUUUCAAAGAUGUUCAAUGUUGAAAGCUAUGUGAAGAAGGCGAGUUUGACCCUAUUAUGAACUGCUAGGAUCUCUACUUCACCCUUCUCUUCUAUAGUCUCUUCAGUUAAUCUCAAGUGGGUUGGAUGAGACAAUAUGAUGACUGAUGAGGCCGGACACAUGUUGAUGGCUUAUGAUGAUCCCUCACACCAACGAUCAUUGUCUCUAGAUGAUACUAGCAGCACAGAGGAAUCACCCGAUGAAACCAGACUCUCACUAGAGACCAGCAAUGAUGUGGUUCCAUAUAUUGGGCAAAGAUUUCCCUCUCAUGAUGCAGCAUAUGAAUUCUAUAGUGAAUUUGCUAAAAGAUGUGGUUUUUCCAUUAGACGUCAUCGCACUGAAGGAAAAGAUGGUGUUGGUAAAGGAUUAACAAGACGCUACUUUGUCUGCCACCGUGCUGGUAACACACCCAUCAAAACCUCAAAUGAAAACAAACCUCAGCGAAAUCGGAAAUCCUCCCGCUGUGGGUGUCAAGCGUACAUGCGUAUAAGCAAAAUUACAGAAUUAGGAGCACCAGAAUGGCGUGUCACAGGUUUCGCAAACCACCAUAAUCAUGAACUCUUAGAGCCAAACCAAGUUCGUUUUCUUCCUGCAUAUCGAACCAUAUCAGAUACAGACAAGAGCCGGAUACUUAUGUUUGCCAAAACAGGAAUUUCAGUGCAGCAAAUGAUGAGACUCAUGGAACUUGAGAAAUGCGUGGAGCCAGGUUAUUUGCCAUUUACUGAGAAGGAUGUGAGGAACUUACUUCAGUCUUUUAGGAAGUUAGAUCCGGAAGAUGAAAGUGUAGAUUUAUUAAAAAUGUGUAGAAACAUUAAAGAAAAAGACCCUAACUUCAAAUUUGAGUACACGCUUGAUCCUAACAACAGGCUAGAGAAUAUUGCUUGGUCAUAUGCAUCAUCAAUCCAGGCUUACGAGAUAUUUGGUGAUGCUGUGGUGUUUGAUACAACACAUCGCUUGACUGCAUUAGACAUGCCACUUGGGAUAUGGGUUGGUGUGAACAAUUAUGGUGUGCCUUGCUUCUUUGGCUGUACACUCUUGCGUGAGGAAAACUUGAGAUCAUUGUCAUGGGCACUAAAGGCAUUCUUAGGUUUUAUGGAUGGGAAGGCACCACAAACAAUAUUAACUGACCAGAAUAUGUGUCUCAAAGAAGCCAUAGCCAUGGAAAUGCCUGCAACUAAGCAUGCACUCUGCAUAUGGAUGAUUGUGGUGAAGUUUCCAUCAUGGUUUAAUGCUGUCCUGGGAGAACGUUAUAAUGAGUGGAAGACUGAGUUUUUUCGGCUCUAUAAUCUGGAGUCUAUAGAAGAUUUUGAGUUGGGAUGGAGGGACAUGGUCAAUUCAUUUGGGCUCCAUACUAACAGGCACAUAGCAAACUUGUUUGCUUUACGUAUGCAGUGGGCAUUACCAUACUUGAGAAGCAACUUUUUUGCAGGAAUGACUACAACUGUCCAUUCAAAGGCAAUUAAUGCUUUCAUUCAACGAUUUUUGAGUGCACAAACCCGACUUGCACACUUUGUAGAACAAGUGGCUGUUGCCGUGGACUUUAAAGAUCAAGCUGCGGAACAACAGACGAUGCAGCAGAAUCUUCAAAAUAUUUGCUUGAAGACAGGUGCUCCUAUGGAAUCCCAUGCCGCUUCUGUGCUAACUCCUUUUGCGUUCUCAAAGCUGCAAGAGCAAUUUGUUUUGGCUGCGUACUAUGCAUCAUUUCAUAUGGAUGAUGGUUUCCUUGUCAGACACCACACAAAACUUGAGGGAGGCCGGAAAGUUUAUUGGGUUCCUCAGGAAGGCAUCAUAAGUUGCAGCUGUCAUCAAUUUGAGUUUUCAGGGAUUCUCUGUCGACAUGCCUUACGAGUCCUCUCGGCAGGAAAUUGCUUUCAGAUUCCAGAAAGGUAUCUUCCCAUCCGAUGGCGUCGUAUCAGCACACAUGCCAUAAAACAACUUCAAAGUUCUCCAAGCAAGCAUGCAGAGCGGAUUCAGUUACUUCAGAGCAUGGUAUCAUCUCUGAUUGCAGAAUCUGCCAAGUCAAAAGAGAGGCUAGAUCUUGCAACCGAACAAGUUUCCUUCCUUUUGUCUCGAAUACGCCAGCAACCAGUUUCAUCACAAGGUUUGAGAGAUAUUUCUCCCCUUCAUAGAAACCUAUAACUCUAGAUAUAUCUUAAAACAGUAGCUUUACAAUCAUCAUGGUUCUAGUGGAAAGCAGAAGGAAACACACCCAAAAAUUUGGCAAUGGAGAUGCAUUUGAUUUGGUUUAAAAUUCGCUUUUAUGAAGCCCGAGACUGGACCAAUUUCCGGGUUCGAAGACAUUUGCAUGUCAGUUUUGUUAUGUGAAAUCGGAAUCUAGUUUGUCCAAUUGAAUGCGGUGCAGUAUGUUGCAGACAUCAUCAUGUUACGUGUUAGUAUUGAGGAUAUGUUUCAUGAGGAUUUCGAUUUGUAAAAAUAUAUAUGGAAGAAAACCUUCUUUUGUAUGCAUAUCAAUGUUGUUCUGUUAUAUGAAAUAUCAGUCAUUUUAUUACGUGGA